UUAUUCCCUACUCAUCAGCUUUAAACCCAGAUUGCUGUUUGCUUUCUUGUUUGGAAACAAGCGGUUGACGACCCUGCUUUGCAGCCGUUUUCACAGCUAAGCAAGCUAGAUGGAUCGCAGAAGGCCAUGAUGGCCUUCAAGGCAGUCCUUGCUUCGCUGCUCUUUUCGGCACUUGCUAGGCCUGAAGGCCUCAGCAUAAACCACAGCUUGUUCGAAGAAAGACAAGCAGUGCCAGGGAAACAAAGUGGUGCUCUUGUCCGGAGGGCCGCAUCGACAGACGUUCUUCAUACUCUUCAUGCAGUAGAAAACUUGAAAGCCGAUGCUCUUUCGGUGAUUUUGGAGUUUGUGCGCGUGGCCAAAGGUGGCUACACAGCCAGCAACUUCGAUGGUAUGCUUACUGCAAUAGAGAGCACAAUGGGUGAUUUGAGCACGGGGAACCCAAGCAAAAAUCUGAUUGCACCGCCAAAUGCCGACACAACGACGAAGGUGCAGCAACUCUCAGACACAACAAAUACUUUGCAUGCCCUUCUUCGGGGCAACAUCGCUUCUGUUGCUUCCACUUCAACAGCAGUCCUGACUGACCUCAACGCGCAGUACCGGACUAUUAGUCAGGACUAUGACAUGUUGAUCUUGCAGUACCAGGCAUAUGCGCAGAUGACCGGAGUUGCUGAGAAAAUGGUUGAAGCUUAUGCCCAUCAGCUUGAAUCCUAUAGUGUCAGCCUCUGUGUCGAUGCCACUCUAAUCCUGCUGAACAUCAACGAGCAAGUAAACCUUGACGAGAUGAAGCGCUUGCAACGGCGAUUUUCAUCGCUUCUUGAGAGUAUCGCGUGGGGCGACGUGGUGGCAGGUAUCGCAGAUUUGACGAACGUGUGCCAGUUGCAAGCCAUCCUCACCGUGGCAAAAGAUUGGUUUGAUGUGCAGACCAGAUUGCAGCCGGUUCUGACUAUGGACCGUAGCAACGCGGAGUCUGUCCUUGAAGAUCUUUCAGGUUGCUCAGCAACGCUUCGUGGAAGUUUGACUAUCUUCAUACACCAAGCAGAACAGCCUGAUUGCAAUCCUUUGAGCGGUAUGGAUGCAACCUUGUGGAAGAAUGGCAUCAACGAGAUCAAUCAAGUUCGGCGGCUGAUUGCACAAGCAGCUCGAAUUUACCUCCAGGCGAGGGAGGUCAGCGACAGCAGCCUGGAAUUGUUGGUCCUUUCACAGGCGAUUUCGGAUGGGGCUUCAGCAAUCUCCAAUUCCUAUAAAGGUUCCUAUGUGGAGUCGGUGCCAGUGGCACCCACUCAAGAGCUUGUGGAUCUGAUGAAGACUGUCUAUGACGAAUGGUUGACCUUCAAGAGUGAUGUGGAAAGAGGCAUGCUAUCGCUCUCGGGUUCUAUGGUGGAUAAGAUCAUCAGCCAAAGCUCUCUGCUUGAUACUCACCUUCAACAGGUGGGAGUCCUCUAUGUCGCAGCAGCCACUGCAGCAGGGCUUAACAGGGCCAUCCUGUGGCAGUUGAUCCAGCAGAACAGGGCAAUGCUUGAGAACUUGGCGAAAGAAGCCUUAAUCAUCAGUGCUGCGGACACAGCUGAGGGCAAAACAGGUACUUUUGACAGCAUGGCCUUGUCCUUUGAGAAUGUUCACUGGGAACUGCUGCGUGGAGCUUCAGGCUCCCUGUUGAUACCACAGGUACCAGUGGCUCGUACAACUGACGCCUGCAUAUUGACUAAGAUGGCCAAAGUCAAGACAGACUAUGAGGCGCUUAAGAAUAUUCUGAUCCAAAUGUAUGGCUCCAAGGAUUUCCUGAACAACCAUCUUGGCUUCAUUGCAGCGGAAGCGGCAAGCCCUGUGCUGGUGGAUGCGUUUCUGGCUUUCAAGCGGGGCUGGGAUGAGUUCAGGCCGUCGGAUGAGCUGCGAAUGCAGGAUUUGCAAAUUGCGUAUAUCUAUGGAAAUCCGAAUGCGGUUGGGUCGAAGGACAAUUUGGACUUUGCCCAAGGAGACGAAUACUAUCAUCAGGCACACAAGCAGUUCCAUCCUACCUACCGAGCAAUCCUUUACGAGCGCAACUACUAUGACAUUUUCAUUUUCGAUUUGCAAGGCAAUCUGAUUUACUCGGUGUACAAGGAGCUGGAUUAUGCUACAAAUUUCUUGGCCAAUGGUGCCGGGGAAUGGAAGGAUAGUGGCCUUGGAGAAGCUUUCCGCGCCGCCGUGGUCAACCCCGAUAUCAUCAACAUCAUAGACUGGAAGCCUUACGGGCCCAGCUAUGGUGCUUUAGCCAGCUUCUUAUCCACUGGCAUCAAGCAGGAUGGCCAACUCAUCGGAGUCUUUUGCACACAGAUGCCUCCAGAGUCCAAGCCGGUGCAAGUCACCGAAAUGCAGCCUUUACUGGAUAAAGCGGUGGAUUGCAUCACUACGGUGGUCAGUUCCUAUUUGGCAGGCUAUGGGACAUGCACGACAGUGCUUGAUGCAACCUCGUGGGAGAUCAUGCUGGAGGAGAGUUCUUUGCUAAGAUGGAGGUUUUUCGUGACGAGCACCGAGUUUGCACUGCUGACACAUGGAUUCUCCCAGAAUUGGCUCAACGCUUCUGCCAUGGGCUUGGAAGAGCACAAAGGUUUUCUGGUGAUCGAAGCUUCAAAGUCCACCUUGGCGGACGCUCUUUGGGCCUUCAAGCUUGCCUGGGAUGCCUUCCGAGAGACAGAUGCAGAGAGACUUCUCAGUCUGCAAAUUGCCUACAUUUUGCUGAACCCCUUCCCCACAGGCGAAAAGGACAAGCUCGACCGCGCAGAAGGAAUUGAAGAGUACCAUGCUGUUCAUGCCCAGUACCAUCCGACG